CUGCCGCACACGUGCUGCGACACCGGCGCGGACCGGGCUUGCGGCCGGGUCCCGGGAGGCGCAGGGGGUCGGGCGGGCUCUGCCUCGAGCGGUGCCGCGCGGGGUGCGCGCGCUGCGCGGGGAGGCAUCCCGUGCAGGCCGGGUGACGCGCUCCGCAGCUGCAGCAGUAGUGGGCACCCCGGUGCCCGGCCGAAGGGUUUGGAUGGUGGUGGCAUGCGGCCUCCUGCCACCCAGCUGCAGCGGGAGACAGGUCUUCCCUAGCGAAAUGCAGCCUCACCCGGUUCGACCACCGAAGAAGUUAUUUUCCUCUCGGAACCAGUAGCAGUGUUGGCGUUGUUUCUGCGACUCCUGGGAUGGCUUUGGCCUUUGAAAGAACCUUGGCCUAAUACACCAACCUCCUCAGUGUGAUGAGGAAUGAAACUGUCCUGUUAGAUGUAAAUCAAUUCUGUGUUUGGAGAAGAUACAGAAUAGUUUGAGCAAUGGGUAAUUUUGAUCUUGUGUGUUAAGGAGUCCUCCAUUUUUUUUUUUCUAGUUAGCAUUAAGUCCAUGUCUCAGCGAGUUGGUUUUUUUUUUUUUGUCUAAAGGUAGAGGAAGGCUUCAACACAAACAUUUCAAGUUGUCCUGUAGAGAACGUUGGCCACUUGACUCUCUGAGACUUACCUCUGGGAUUCUGGUCAAGUAAAAUCCGAACCCAGUAGUCCAGAUGUUGCACCGAAGUGUGGCUGGCCCACAUUAUCAGCCUUACCUGGGAGCUUGGGCUGUGAGAAUCUCUGGUCCUACUUGAGGCCUGUUGAAUCAGAAUCUGAAUUGUAACAAGACUUUAGGGAUAUGUGGUGCACACCCUACACUCUAGAGAACUGCCUUCCACAGAACCCAGGGACACCAUGAAGUCCAAUCCUGCCAUCCAAGCUGCCAUUGACCUCACGGCAGGGGCCGCAGGGGGCACAGCAUGUGUCCUGACUGGGCAGCCCUUCGACACGAUGAAGGUGAAGAUGCAGACUUUCCCAGACCUCUACCGGGGCCUCACCGACUGCUGCCUGAAGACCUACUCCCAGGUGGGCUUCCGUGGCUUCUACAAGGGCACCAGCCCCGCACUGAUUGCUAAUAUUGCAGAGAACUCGGUGCUCUUCAUGUGUUACGGCUUCUGCCAGCAGGUGGUCCGCAAAGUGGUUGGAUUGGACAAUCAGGCAAAACUGAGUGACCUCCAGAACGCAACUGCUGGCUCCUUCGCCUCCGCCUUCGCCGCGCUGGUCCUCUGCCCCACAGAGCUUGUGAAGUGUCGGCUCCAGACCAUGUAUGAAAUGGAAUCUUCGGGAAAGAUAGCUGCAAGCCAAAACACAGUGUGGUCAGUCGUGAAAGAAAUCUUUAGGACCGACGGCCCCUUGGGCUUCUACCACGGACUCUCAAGCACUUUACUUCGAGAAGUACCAGGCUACUUCCUAUUCUUCGGUGGCUAUGAACUGAGCAGAUCCUUUUUCGCAUCAGGGAAAUCAAAAGAUGAACUAGGUCCCGUCCCACUGAUGCUAAGUGGUGGAUUUGGUGGAAUUUGCCUGUGGCUGGCUGUGUAUCCGGUGGAUUGUAUCAAAUCUAGAAUCCAAGUUCUUUCUAUGAGUGGCAAACAGACAGGACUAGUCAGAACUUUUCUGAGUAUCGUGAAGAAUGAAGGAAUAACGGCCUUGUAUUCUGGACUGAAACCUACUAUGAUUCGAGCCUUCCCUGCCAAUGCGGCACUGUUUUUGGCCUAUGAAUACAGCAGGAAGUUGAUGAUGAGCCAAUUUGAAGCCUACUGAAGUGUCCUGGAUUCAAGGCAGCCUUUAGUUUAGUGACUGUCGUUAACUCAGGGUUUCACGGAGUACAAGAACAAUGUGGGAUUAUUUGAUUAGUUGGGACGUUUGUCCUUGUCUUCCCUGCUUCUACUCAGAGUCUUAGACUUGGUGGAAGGCCCUCUGUUCUACACAGUAUCAUUUCUGCCCAUUGUUGCACCAAAAGAGAAAAGUCGCUGCCUUGCCCUUGGUGGAAUGUACGGGCAGCUAGCUGGUGGCCUUACGUGGACUGCCUUCCUCUCAGGACAGAACUUCUGCGGAAGCCAGGGUUACACAUGCAAUUUUGAUGGCCCUAAGUUGAGGAAAACACAAUUUUGUUCUAUGUCUAGUUGUAAAUGGUGACCAAUGUCUUUGCACAUGGUUGUAAAUGACUGCUUAACCCAUCCUAGACGUAGGGCCAAAGGCUGCAGAGCCUGUGCACUAAGAGGUUUUUAACUUUUUGUGGUACAUUAAAGCUAAAACAUCUACCUAUAUUUUUAGAUAAACUUAUACGCGUACCUGUGUGGCUUCUACAUUCUUGAAGAAAUUUCAGGAUGGAUAUCCUGGAUUUUUUUUUUCCAUGCUGCUCAACAGUGCCAUUCGUUUUCUAGGUGGGCUUAUUAUUUUGCACUCUGGGUUUGGUAGGAGUGGCCUGGAGUGUUAGUGCUCUGAAGGGCAGCGGAGUACCCACCAGCUUCCCUUCUAACUCAAAGAGCUUCCUCCCCUUGUGCUAGACUCAUGAUCGACAAGGGGCUGCCCUGCCAUGCUCUCAUGAAAACUGACAGCGGCUCUUACCUGGUCUCAGCAGGAACCCAGGGUGCUCUUCUGGUCCUGGAUAUGGAACCACUCUGAACCCAGUGUCUCUCUGCCUCCACCAAUCAGAGACCCUUAAGGAAGCAGAGACGAAGUCUGGGCUCCCUGCUUUCAUCAUGGGGUCCUAGUCCCAGGGAAGUCUGAAGGAGCUCACUAAUUAGGCACCACAGCAUAAGUAUAUCAGGGCUCACCCUCCUGAAGUUCACCCUGGGGCCCAUAACUCCUUGAUUUGCCUCUACAUUUGGAGCUGGCAGUCUGUGAAUUUUAAUGACUGUAGAUGGUGUGUAAAUUUGGAAAGCAUCGUGACACAGUAAGAACAUUUUUAUUAAACUAGGGAAUAUGUAGCAGCCAACAUCUCAUAGUCUGCAGUACGUCCAAGACCAGUGGGGCUGACGGUAGGCUUUGUUCCUACUCUGCCUACAAAGCUGAAGGAAGUCGGCUGACCUUAUUCAUGCCCUCUUGCCACAGUGCCAGCAGCACAAGGUCGGGAAAGCAUAGUGCUCCCCAAAAGGGAGGGGUGCCACUCAGCAUCCCUGGGCUGGCACUUUAGGAGAGAACCGUCUGUCGGUCUGCUUUAGUUCCCUCUCUUGUAUGGCCAGUGGCUACUGAGUGGUGCUUCAUCUCAACAGCUCUGGAUACAAGCACCGGAGGAUUGAUACGGCAAGAGGACUGGCCCAAGCCGUCAUCUCCCUUUCUGGUGCCUGAGGUCUAGUUCAUAUUGUCCCUGUUGGCCGUGUGGCUUCUCACAGUCUGCCCAUUGAAGAUUUGUGGCCUUCUAGAGAAAUAGUAAGAAACAAGGGAAGUGAAAAAUGGAGACCUAAGGAGAAUUUUUUAUUUUUCUGUUGGUUUAAUGUGUGGGUACAAUUGAACUUGAGACAAAACCAGAACUUGAGAUAUUUUGUUUAAAGAAAUGAGUACUCUAUCAUUAUUAAAUAAACCUAAUGUGAGUCUAUGAUGAGUUUCAUUUAGAUACAUUAUAUUUAUAUCAAGGACCAAUGGGAAUAUUAAAGAUUUAUGGAUAAUAAACUUCUAGGUGUUGUUUGCAUUGGAACAAGUAUUCUUUUGUCAGCAAGAUUUCCUGAUGUAAAAUAAUUUUACUGUAGGCAGGUUGACAAAAACAAUGUUGCUUGUGUACUCUGCAGCCAUGAAACACCCCAUUAGAUCGCUCCCUCCCUCUGUGUGUGUGGUGGUUUGAAUGAGAAGGGCCCCCAUAGGGCUCAUAUUUGAAUGCUUGGUCACCAGGGAGUGGAACUGUUUGGAGGAUUAGGAGGAUUAGGAGGUGUGGCCUUUUUGGAGGAAGUGUGUCACUGGGAUGGUCUUUGAGGUUUCAAAAGCCCAUUCCUGGCCCAGUGUCUCUCUCUGCUGCCUGUGAAUCAGGAUGUAAAGCUCUCAGCUCAAGUCAUGUCUGCCAUGCUCCCUGCCAUGAUGAUAACGGACUCACCCUCCGCAACUGUAAGCCAGCCCCUAAUUAAAUGCUUUCUUUAUGAGUUGCUGUAGUCAUGGUGUCUCACCACAGUAAAAGAACAGUGACUAAGACA